CGAGGGAGGUGGCCAUAGUACGUGGCAACAAACCCGUGAGAGCGCAUAAUCUGGAACUUUCAACUGGUUUCGGCAAUCCUCUAUUCCGAGAAUCCAAUUGUUAUUCAGCACGCCACUCGCUUGCCACAUCAUCAAUAGUAUAAGCUAGCCAUAUUUAUGGGUGACACCUCGGUUCUGCUGACUUUGUCAUCAAGCCACGACUCUUUUUUUUUUACAGUAUUAAAAAUACUAUCUAGGAGAAGAUAAUUAUGGCCAUGAGAUCUGUCGUUUCAAGCAGUGGACUUCGUCGUUUAAUGGAAGGUGGUGGGCGAUCAUCGGUUUCGGGUCUUCGUUACUUCAGCGACAAAGGUCGAAUUCUCAGUGAAGAAGAACGUGCUAAAGAGACCGUUUACAUUCAGAAAAUGGAAAGGGAGAGGAUGGAGAAGGCGAGAAAGAAGGCUGAAAAGGAGAGAGCUGAAAGAGAGAAAGCUGACAAGGUAAUUGUUUCAUAAUAUAUUGUGUUGUAUUGUAUUAU